GGGGGGCUGCGUCAAGCGCGCUAUAUAAACGCGCGGGGCUUGCUGCAGCUCCAAGCUUCAGUGAACAGCUCCGUGGUGCUGAACACUUCAGCUCCAUUCUCACUUGACGAGAGCAACACGAGUGGAAUCAUGGACGGACUCUCGUGGAAACUUUUUCUCCUUUGUUGCUUGGCCACCGCGGAGAGCUCCGCGCAAGACUUGGGACAGACGCAGUUUAUUUGCACGUCGGUGCCCAAGGAUAUGGACUUGUGCGCGGCAACCAUGCAGAACAGCGGGCCGGCGGAGGACUUGAAGACGACCGUGAUGCAUCUGCGGGAGACGGUGCUGCAGCAAAAAGAGACCAUUAUGAACCAGAAGGAGACAAUCAGGGAACUAACCUCCAAGUUGAGUCGCUGCGAGAGUCAGAGCAUCCCGGCCGCGGCGGGACCCGGCGGGAGGCGGCCGGGCGCCAAGAACACCAUGGGGGACAUUUCACGGGGUACCGCAGAGACUCUAGCGCAGCUGGGACACACUUUACAGACUCUCAAACAAAGACUGGAGAACCUUGAGCAAUACAGCCGAGGGAAUAACACCGUGCAGGCGAACAGUCUGAAGGAUCUGCUUCAAAACAAGAUAGAUGACAUGGAGAAGCAGGUUUUGUCUCGGGUCAACACGUUAGAGGAAGCCAAAAGUGGCUCGAGGAAUGACAGCGAGCAAAGGAACCGUGUGGAGUCCACGCUCACUUCUCUGCACCACCGCAUCACAGACCUGGAAAAAGGCAAAGAAAACAGACCCACGGAUAAGUUCCAGCUGACGUUCCCACUAAGAACCAACUACAUGUACGCCAAAGCCAAGAGGAGUCUGCCAGAGAUGUUCUCCUUCACUGUGUGUCUCUGGAUCAAGUCCGGUGCCUCACCAGGAGUUGGUACACCAUUUUCGUACGCUGUUCCAGGUCAGGCCAAUGAGCUGGUGCUGAUUGAGUGGGGAAACAACCCAAUGGAGUUUCUCAUUAACGACAAGGUUGCAAAGCUGCCGUUCCUCAUCAAUGACAGCAAAUGGCAUCAUCUCUGCAUCACGUGGACCACCCGAGAUGGAAUGUGGGAAGCCUUCCAGGAUGGCGUGAAGAGGGGCAGUGGGGAAAAUCUUGCACCCUAUCACCCAAUCAAACCAGAGGGUGUGCUCGUUCUGGGACAGGAGCAGGAUACACUAGGGGGAGGCUUUGAUGCAACGCAAGCCUUUGUAGGUGAGUUAGCAAACCUAAACAUCUGGAGUAGGAAACUGUCCAUCGCCGAAAUCCACAACUUGGCAACCUGCAACAGUAAAGCACCGGCCGGCAAUGUGUUCUCUUGGAUGGAAAACAACAUUGAAAUAUUUGGAGGAGCAACAAAAUGGUCCUUUGAGCCUUGUCGUUCAGCCAACUGA